AGCAAAAUUUCGGAAGAGGAGAUGCUGAGGUGGAGCAAGGAAGAGCUGGUGAAAAGACUGAGGAAAGUGGAGAAUGAAAAGAUGAACUUAAUGGUGGAACACGGCAACUUAAUGAAGGACGUGAACCGGCGGCUGCAGCUCCACCUGCACGAGAUCCGCGGGCUGAAGGAGGUGAACCAGAAGUUGCAGGACGACAAUCAGGAGCUGAGGGAGCUCU